AUGGAAAAAUUAUUAUCCGUUUACAAAGACAACAGUUUUAACGAUCUUGGAGAAACAAUUAUUUCAGUAAAUGACAUUGUGAAAUACUCUCUCGAAAAAAAAUGUGAUAUUAGUACCAUUUUCAUUAAUCCCAAGAUUAAAUAUUUCCCAAAACUCUCGGUUCAGGAACUCGUAGAAACUUCUGUUAAAAAUAAUCGUAUGAAAAAUGCUAAUAAGACAUGUAAUGCCUUCUUUAUCUUUAGAACUGAGUUUUCGAACGAAGCCAAAAAACUCGGAUUUAAUUCAGGCCAAAUUUCAGUUCAUGCAAGCAUUUGUUGGAAAAGAUUUCCUGACCAUAUUAAGGAUAUGUAUAGAAAUAUAUCAAAAGAAGUUAAUAUAGCAUUUAAACAGAGAGUUCCAGUUGGAUUUGUUGAUGUUCAAAAAACAAAGAAACGACGAAGAAAUAAAGAUAUCAUUUCACGCGAGUUGACAUCAUCUCACAAUUUGAUAGGUGGUGGAAGUACUCAACAAGAACAUUCCAUGAAUUCAAGUCUAACAAACUUACAUCUACCGUUAAAUGAUCCUUAUUACCAAGAAUUGAAAUUGACUUACGAAGCUAUCAUUAAUUCAAUUCCUGACUUUGACAGUGCACAACAAUCUACUGACAUUUCAUCUCAUCACAACGAUAUCAUUGAUUCAAUCUUUAAUUCGCAACAAUAUAACGAUAACGAUAACGAUAAUGCGAUCAUUAAUUCAAUUCCAGACUUUGAAGAUGUGCAAGUAUCUAGUGACAUAACGUCACAAUCCAAUCAAUUUCACCAUAACUUUUAUCUCUUUUAA